AUGAUCAAUUCUAGCUUAUUUCAGGUUGAAAUCAGAAACUUUUCAUCCAGUUGGGCUGAUGGAAUGGCAUUCUGUGCAUUGAUACAUCGAUUCGCACCAAAUUCGUUCGAUUUUCGAACACUCAAUCCGAAAGAUCGAAGAGAGAAUUUUGAAUUGGCAUUUAGGGUGGCCGAGUUGAGGAUGGUCAAUUCUAGCUUAUUUCAGGUUGAAAUCAGAAAUUUUUCAUCCAGUUGGGCUGAUGGAAUGGCAUUCUGUGCAUUGAUACAUCGAUUCGCACCAAAUUCGUUCGAUUUUCGAACACUCAAUCCGAAAGAUCGAAGAGAGAAUUUUGAAUUGGCAUUUAGGGUGGCCGAGCAAAAUGGAGUCGUGCGACUACUGGAGGUCGACGAUAUGUUAAUGAUGGGCGACCAGCCAGACUGGAAAUGUGUCUUCACCUAUGUUCAGUCGUUUUACAGCAAAUUCAAAGAUUAUCCGUGA